AAAGGGGUGGAGAUUUAAGUAAUUUCAACAGCUGCACCCCGCCCCUCCCCUUCGGACCCCUGCGGUAGCGAAAAAGGCAGGAGGGCGGGAAGGCGUGAGCGUGGAAAGAAGACGGGGAGGUUCCAAGGAGCGCGAGAGUCGUGUGUGCCUGGUUUCUGUGGUACUCUGUCACCCCAAGAGACUGCACCAGCGGGAGACAUUGAAGUGUGAGCUGCCGUAGGAUCCCAAGGAGUACAGGAAUGGCUGCCAUCCGGAAGAAGCUAGUGAUUGUGGGGGAUGGAGCAUGCGGAAAGACAUGCCUUCUUAUUGUCUUUAGUAAAGACCAGUUCCCUGAAGUUUAUGUUCCAACAGUUUUUGAAAACUACAUUGCUGACAUCGAAGUGGAUGGCAAACAGGUUGAGUUGGCCUUAUGGGACACAGCAGGCCAAGAGGACUAUGACCGCCUGAGGCCUCUUUCCUAUCCUGAUACAGAUGUGAUCCUCAUGUGUUUCUCAAUUGACAGCCCUGACAGCUUAGAAAAUAUCCCAGAGAAAUGGACUCCUGAGGUAAAACAUUUUUGCCCUAAUGUGCCUAUCAUCCUUGUUGGAAACAAAAAGGACCUGCGAAAUGAUGAGCAUACAAGGAGGGAAUUGGCCAAAAUGAAGCAGGAACCUGUAAGGCCAGAAGAAGGGAGAGAUAUGUCAAACAGGAUCAGUGCUUUUGGCUACCUGGAGUGCUCUGCUAAGACAAAGGAGGGGGUACGGGAAGUGUUUGAAAUGGCAACACGGGCAGCCCUACAGGUGCGGAAGCGCAAAAAGAGAAAUGGGUGCCUGCUGUUGUGAAAUGGAAUGACAAAGAAGGUUAACAAAUCUAGUAACUUUUCCAACAACCAUCUGUACUGUAUAUUCUCCCCACUUUCUCUCAUGCACAUUUUUCAUGGCCCAGGAGCUAAUUUCACCUCUGUGGCUCACAUUGUGGGAUUCUUGUUUGUGGGUAGAUGUGGGGACCCUAAUUGAAUUCAGCUACGCAUCUGACAAGAUGCUUUACAGAAUGAAGUUUAAAAAGAAAAAAAAGUCUUAUUUUUGGUUAGGGGAACCUGUCCCAUGACCUACAGUUUGCCUUGGUCUUUUUUUGUGUGUGGAGAUUAUAUAUAUAUAUAUAUAUAUAUAUAUAUAUAUAUAUAUAUAUAUAUAUAUAUAUAUAUAUAUAUAUAUAUAUAUAUAUAUAUAUAAUAAUUUUUGUCAGUCCCUUUCUUUCUUCUCUUGUACUACUUACCAAUUUUUGUCUUCAUUUGUUUCCUGGUUGACAAGGUGGGGCAGCAUGCCAUCAUAUUAGUGUGCCGUACUUGUGUUUUGAGGAUCAGGGUGCAACAGAAUUGGUUGCCAGAGCUGGCCAAAUUGAAUGUGUCUUUAAGAUAUCUCAGCUUGCUGACUUGCUGUGACUGUUGGAAAAAUGGUCUAGAUUUCUAUAUAAAUAUAAAGAAAGACAAGUAUACUUGAAUGUUCCUCUUUUUUUCUGUCAGGCCACGAGAGAUAGCAUUUUCAUUUCUACAGAACACAACUACAAGAAAGUGAUUUAUUUGUCUAAAAUGCACAUAGAGGUAUUUUAAGUUGUAUUUUUUUUUGUAAAGCAGAUACUUAAGUCUUGCUUCAGGAGAUGGCUGGCUAUUUCACCAGCACUCUUGAGGUUGGUUAGAGCAAUAAUAAUGACUACAGUGAGAUAUGAUAGUAAAUUUACCAUUUUUAAGCUAUAUAAUGCUGACAAGCACACAAGUACUGGCUUGAGCAGUUGGUGUAAAUAAAGACUCCAGAAAUGAAAUAUAUGGAACUGAGAAAUCAUCAAGCGCACCAGCCAGGUCUCUGAAUCUGAGGCCUUAGUGUGCUACCUUGUUUAUGAUCAUUUACUUGGUAUGCUCUUCCUAAGCAGGAAAAGGAAGUGUGUGUCAAGUUUUGGGUUUUUUUUUGUUUUUUUUUGUAAAUGUUGCCAUUCUUUCAUUUUCAAAAUAAAUCCUUUUAUGUGAGUUGCUGUCAGAUGAAUAUAUGAUAGUUUUAUCUCAUUACAACUCCAAGACCAAAUCUGUUAAGCCAAGUGUAAUAGAAUGACUUGUUUUGCAUAGCUUGAUUUCAGAAAGUGAUGGGCUUUUAUAUAUUAUAACCAUUAGCCAAGUUCUUGAUUUCAGUUUUACCUGGUUUUUCAGUUGUUUACAAGAUCUUAUUCUAAUUUGCAUUCUGAUUUGAUGUUUGAUUAAAAAAUAGAAUAUUCAGAGUUUUAAAAAAAAAUAUUGUAACUCUUCUAAAUAAUGCCUAAAAAUGUUAGUCACUUGUUUCCUAACCUUAUAAUGUAAAAAACUUUAAUUUUACAUUACGUUUUCCAUGCACCAAAGCUUCUGCUAGCAAGAAAAAGCAAAGGCGUUUGUAGGCAGCUCAGGGGCAGGCCCUAAUGGAGCAGCUUCACAGGCAAGGGACUGAGAACAACAGAAAAGCUUGUUAGUUGCCGCCUUAUUUUGCUUAACUUCUUUCAGUAGUCUACAAAGAGCUAAGACUGUUUUUCAUUUACCAUUUUUUGUAACCAGAAAGCUUAUUUGAGUGCUGUGACAACAGUGGGUAUGUUUAUUGAGCAUCAUCUGUGGUCAGGCUCUGGUGACCACUUGCACCUGCCUUUUGAUAAAUUUUGUGAAUACUAUUCUUAAAUCUGUGAAGCUGUAAGGGAGAGGUAUGCACGCUUUCUU